AUGGCGGCUACGCAACUCAGGUUAUGCCGGCUCACUGCAAACUACGGGAUUGAAAGUCUCGUCCAUCACGAGCGGAGAUUCGAUAUCAGUCUGUUUUCGACAGCUGAGAUUGAGUACUGUUUUUGGCUCAUGCUUGACGUGAGACAUGAAGUUGCUGGAGAGUUUUUCCGUUUCUCGCAGAUCACGCCGUGUAUGUUUACCCUCGGAAUCAAAACCGCCCAAGUACUUUGGCUCAAGGCUCGCCAAAUUCGAGGUUCCGCAGCUGCUGACAUGGAAGUGGAGAGACUCAAGAACCCCGUGGGUAUCAAAUACGAACCCUUGCCCGCCGAGAAACACCAAGCGACGUCCAAGACAACACCAAGACUAAAAAAGGGUCUUACUCUUCCCGUAACCUUUCAGCUUGCUGCAAUUAUUUUUUGUCCAGGUCAAAGGAAGAAAAGUUUUGGGCCGCCCAGCCUCGGCUUACUCUAUUGGGCAACUCGUGCGGGAGGAUGUUGGCUCUUCGGGCUCGGCGAUGAUUUUCGCGAUCCACUGCCGGAAGUCAGCUGGCUAUCGACUGAUAUCAUGAAGACAUGUUCUCUAGUAUUCGAGUCAUUUCACCUAUUGUACUUCAGAGAUUGA